AUGUCUUGGAAAAAGGUGCCGUUUAGGCCAAUACUAGCUGGUCUAGUAGGUACUGUGCUAGCAUCCACUAUUGCAUAUAAAUAUGGUCAGCUGUCAAUCAAAAUAAAUCAACCUAUUGACAUUUUACCUUUUUCUUCAACGACAAAAUUGAAUUCAAUAAAAUCACCUAAAUAUUGUAAAAAUAUAUCAAAUCAUAUUGAGGAGUUUAAGAAAUUGGGUAUAGAAGUUUCAAAUAGCAAACUAGAUAUUGAAUUUCACACUGGAAAUGAAUUCACUACUCAUAAGCCAUUACCUGGAGAAAUACCACAAUAUAUUUUAUACCCCAAAUCAACAGAAGAAGUUUCUGCAAUAUUGAAAAUUUGUAAUAAAUAUUCAAUACCAGUUGUACCAUUUUCCGGUGGAAGUAGUCUUGAAGGUCAUUUCCACUCAACUAGACAAGGUAUAGUUAUAGAUACCUCCAAAAUGAAUAAAGUACUACAAAUAAAUGAGAAUGAUUUAGAUGUAGUUGUACAAUGUGGGGUUAAUUGGUUAAAAUUGAAUGAAAUUUUAGAACCUUAUAAAUUAAUGAUGGGAGUAGAUUGUGGUACAAAUGGACAAAUAGGUGGAAUGAUAUCUACUAAUGCCAGUGGAAUUUCAGCUUCUAGAUAUGGAGCUAUGUCAGCGAAUGUAAUUUCAAUUACUGCAGUUUUAGCUGAUGGAACCAUUAUUAAAACGAGACAAAGACCAAGAAAAUCAAGUGCCGGUUACAACCUAACAAAUCUAUUUAUUGGAAGUGAAGGAACUUUAGGGAUAGUUACUGAAGCUGUAGUCAAAGUUUACCCUAUCCCAAAAUCAGAGACUGUAGUUGUUGUACAAUUCCCACUGAUCAAAUCAGCUACGCAAACUGUUGAACAAGUGUUUCGACUGGGAAUGCAACCAUCAGCUAUAGAAAUGUUGGAUGGUGAUAUGAUGCAUUGUUUAAAUUAUAGUGGAUAUACAUCGGAUGAAUGGUUAGAGGUACCAACUAUUUUUUUUAAAAUAGGAGGAUUGAAUGAUAUUAUAGUCAAAGAAAAUAUCAAAAUUUUGAAAGAAAUAACAAAGAAAAACAAAGCUGAAAAUUUUAUUUUCGCUAAAAGUAAAGAACAAGGUGAUGAAUUAUUUUCAGCUAGAAAAAACGCUUUCUAUGCUAUGAUAGAUUGGGGUAGAAAUGAAAUUGAUGAAGAUGUCAGAAUUUGGGUAACCGAUAUUGCUGUGCCUAUAUCUAGAUUAUCAUACGUUCUAGAUACGAUAAAUGGAUGGAUGAAAUCAUCAGGUUUCAGCUCAAUAAUAUUAGCUCAUGUAGGAGAUGGAAAUUUUCAUGCAGAUAUAUUUUAUAAAAAGGAAAAAAGACAAGAAGUUGAAGAUAUAGUUAAUAAAAUGAUUAAAUUGGGAAUAGAUAAUGACGGUACAUGUACAGGGGAGCAUAGUAUAGGGAUACUGAAAAGAAAAUUCUUACAAUUAGAAUUAGGAGAUGAUACUAUUGAUAUGAUGAGAACAAUUAAAUUAGCUUUAGAUCCUAAAAGAAUUUUAAACCCUGAUAAAAUUUUUAAGAUUGAUCCUAACGAUAAGGGAUUGUAUUAA